UUGGGACGUGCUGACUGUUCCGAGUGAAUGUGGGUUCAUUUCCUCCGUGUGUUUCAGGGAAUGGCUUCGCACGGACGAGGCCGCUCCGCUGGUGGUUCCGCCCCGCACGGAGAGGAGCGUCGAGGGACGACGUUGUCGCCGACAAGGGAAACGAGUCGGGGAGUUGGAGAUGGGGAGGAAGAACGACGUGCUCAAAACUUGUGGUGCGACUACAGCAAACGCGUCUGGUAUUUGGACUGGGCGAGCCAGGACGGCUCCGACCCGUUGCAACCACCGUGCGGGCCGCUCUUGUUCGUCGCCGUUCGCGCCGACAGAAGUGAUGGUUCUGUCGACGACAUCGAAAAGGGAUGCAAGGUUGCCGGGAGGGUGUUCGGCGGGUACGGCCGUCGUGCGAAGUCUUUGCCUCACUUUCUCCCGCUAGCGCCGGGGCACGACGAAGCCGUUCACGUCACAGACUUCCUCGAGGUCUGGGCGAAAUCUGGUACCUCUGUCAGUGUCAUGGACGUCGGACCUGGAACAUCGAUCAGUGGUCCUGUUGGGUUCGCGGGAGGAGAGUGCUCUGAAAGGGAGAUGGGAAGUCAAGGUGGCCUACCAGCUACGCCUCCUGAUCAAGAGGUGGGCAUGUCAGACAACUCGGAGGACGACCAUCCUCGUGCUCCUUUGAAACCGGGCUUGCAUGUAUCUCGCCGCCACGGUUUGCUUGGGGAGUCGAUGCCACAUGGAGGCGGCAAUGGCGAACGUUGCGACAGGGCUCAGAAUCGACGACUCCUCGUGGUCUGGUCGAAAGGAUCGAUUCGUUCGUUCGUGGCAUGCAGGUGGCCGAGGUUUCGCCUGGAGAUCGAGCGGGUGGUCCGCAGGUUCGAGAGACCGAUCUACUUCCCUGACGACGAGUUCGACGACUACGCCCAUGUCAGCUGCGAAGACAACAUGAAAGACAAGAAGAAUCCACCGCGCUUGCAGGUUUUGUCUAUGCGGGACAUUCGUAAUAUCUGGAAAUUUAAGGGCAAACCUCGUGUGGUGCUCGGCAAUGCCUCGAAGAAACAGGACGAGGUGCGAAAGUGGGUGCGGUUCAUAGCGUUGGCAAUGAAGAAGACGCCGUACACGCCUAUCUGGAACCUGUCAACGGAAGCAAAGAAAAGGAAGGAAUGGGUUGAGAAACUUCGAUACUACCUCCCGCUGGCCAUGGCAGAUGACUCCGUCUUCGCUUUGGGGUUGAAGUUCUAUGAGGAGUGGUCGAAAAUGAAACUCCUUGCUUUCGACGGCCGGCGUUGGACUGAAAAGCCACCCACCCAUGAGGAGGUGGCCAAGCCAGGACUCUCCACUGUGACUGAUAGCCAGGGGCUGAAGAAACACGUCUGGUACGUGAAGGUGGACGACCCGUCGUUGAAAAAGGGCUGGGGGAAGCCAAAGAAAGGCGCGGAGGAGAAAACUUUCUACGUCCAAGUUCCAGAGCCGGAUGUCCAUUGCUGGAAGGAAUUGGUGGACUUGACGGACCGCGAGAAGAAAAGGCUGUUGAACGGCGUUUUGAACCUUAACGUCGUGUGGGUUGAAACGAGUAGCAAAAAUUUGGCCGAGCAGGGGAAGUUCAGUGUCAAAGAGAUGGUAGACAUAAUAAAAAUGGACCGGAUUAUGCUGAGGCUGUGGCACUACGUUGACUUCGAGUACGAGGAAAUGGAUAAGCGGGAGUGGAAUGUCAACUCCACGUUCUUCAGGUCCAAGAAACAACUGUUCAAAGAGUUCAAAGACAGAGGUCUCGACGACAAGCUUUGAAACGAGAGCAGGAGAUUUUUCACGGACACCA